AUGGAAGCAGAAAACGUCCGAUCCGCUGCUCUUUCGACGCUCCGACAAGAGAUGACUCGGGAGAUUCUCCUCGAGACGCGUCGCCCCAUCCAGCUACUGGCCCAAGCCAACGCCCACCAAACCUUUGUGAACUGGCACAUUCGACGUCCUGCAAAAGAAAACCAGACGUACAAUCCAGCAUAUCCAGAAAGCAACAAUGUUCUAUCCGCAGCUGUGAUUAGGAAGAGAGUACGUGAGCAUGAACAAGUGCUCUUGCUGGGAAGAUCGCAAAGGGGCUCAAAGGUGGAGGAACAUAUGCCUGGAGCCUGCUGUGCCUGUCGUGGAGGCACCUGUGACUAUGCUCCAAAAGGAGAAGAAUCUGCUCUCUGUGUGCACAACGAAGUAUAA